UGAAGGAUUUUUAGGAAUGUGAAAAAUGUGAUCUCGAUCGGAUAAUGAGGCAAGAGGUUUCAUCGUGUUGCUAGCUACCUCGUUCUUGUAGAAGGAGACUACUGGCGUUCAAGGGGAACUCACAGCCCAGCAAGCGCACCGCCUCAACUUCCGGUGAGAUUACAAGCAAGUACAAGUCAUCAUGGCGGCUACAGAAGCUGAAGAGCAAGAUGCUCUGGCUGUCAUCAAGGAACAAGCAGAGAAGAGGCGCGAGGAAGUCAACAAAGAGCUCCAUGUUGCUCGGGAAGAAUACCGCCGAAAGAAGGAAGAAAAGGAGAAGGAAUUGGAAACCCUUCGCGCCAAAAGAGAGGAGCGCCGGAAGCAGCAGGCGGAGGAGCGCAAGAUGCUGGAGAAGUUCGCCGAGGAGAGGCGAGCCAAGGAGAAGGAAGAGGCGAGGAAGAGAAAGGAGCUGGCCGAUUUGAAGAAGAAGGAGCGAGAGGCUAGAAUCAAGGCCAUGCACGACCCCAACGCGUUCAAGGCGGUCGUCAUCGAGAAACAAGAGCCAGCCAAGAAACCGAAGAAGUCGAAGGAAGAAUUGGCCCGGGAGAAAGAAGAAGCGAUGAAGGAGCGCGUUCAGUCCCUUCCGAUCGGAGCAAACACGGCCGAGGACAAGAUUCGAGAGAUUGCCCGCAACCUGCUGCAGCGCCUGCAAAGCAUCUAUUCCGAGAUCUUCGACAUGAAAGUGCGCCGCAAACGCCAGGAAUACGACCACAAGGAGUUGCUCCAGCGCAUCAAGGAUCUGACGAAGCACAAGGAGCCUGUAGCCGCCGAAUCCUCUGGCACUGUGCAUAAGUUUAAGGAACUUGGCGUGUUCAACUCCCAGGACCAGGAGCAAAAAUCGAGACUGGAGAAGGAGAAAGAGGCCGGUUCCAUUAUGUCGUCCGGGGGUGUCGCAGGCCGAACGAGCAUGUUCGGAGGCAGUACUGUAAAAGCACCGGAUGAGGAAGGCUAAACGAUAGUUUGUGGGCAAAAAAUCGCCGGAGGUGCCACCGGCGAGGCUUGCCCAUGCACGCUGACCAAGACCGCGGAUUGGCGAGAGGAGAAAAUGGCGCCAAAAAUUGUUUGCAUUUCCCGCAGUGUUUGAAUGCAUAUUGAUCGUCUGCAUGAAAAACGUGUCACUAAACUACCUUUAGAGUAGCUCCACUACAGUAGGUGUCUAGCCAUUAGAUAAAACAUCAUUUUAAUCUAGUUGAGGGCGAGACUGUUACAUUUUAUUUUAAGCUUUUUAAUUUUAAUGUUGCGUAAUAUUAAGUACGCCUUAUAGUUGAAGGAACGCUGACAGACACUUCUAGUUUUCUCGCAAUUUUUUUUGAUAAGUCAAAAUGGGAAUGUUUUCAAAUACCAUUUCUUACCUGGCUUUGUCUUCUUGAAAUAUAUUUCCUAAUCUCAUCGAGUUUUGUGACUCGAAGACGGAAUAUGUCAGCGGGUAUGUUCGAAUUAUAAUACAUGCAGUACAUGUAACUGCCUCUCUCUUUCCAGUAAGCUUAUAUUACAGCUCUUUCAAUAGCAAAGCGUCUUUCCGUCUAGAUUCAUGAAUUUAUUAUGUUCUGUGAAUGCCUUAGAACAGUAAAUUUUUAGGGCAUGAUUUCACGUGAAAAAAGUUUAGCUUUCCCACUCUUCAUUUUCCAAACACUGUGCGUCACUUUCUUGACAUCUUGAUUUUCGUCCAUCCCUCUGCCCUACUCGUUCAUCUAUCCCCCUUUCAGAGUUUGGAGCGAGGUCCGACCAUUGACCUGACCAAGUAGCACAGGUUAGCCACAUCAGCAUUCCCCCAAUGGUGGGCUUGGAUGUGUGCCACGUGAUGCCGCUUUCAUCCAAUUAACGCAUGACUUCCAUGUCAACUCCCUUCACUGCCGGUAGACUCCACAGCAAACACUUAUAACCUAAAGGCGAACAGCUAGAAAGGCAAGUCACCCAGAUUAUAAGCAUCUAAAAGUCUCAGUGCGCAUGUGGCAAGAGGAUGUAGCCAGUCAUGUAUGCCCAACAGCUUCCAUUGACGCAUGUGUUAUUACCGGCCUUAAAGCGCGUUCAACCGAAACCCGACAAACUUAAAACUCUUUACCAGUCCCCACAAUGUUUGGCCAUUCUCACUGGGCCAUAUUGUGCUCCAUGAAGAUAAUCGGCGUAACAAGUACCCCAGAGCUGUUCGUGUUUAGGUUUCCACGUUCGUGGUUAGCACACUCCAUCCGCAUCGCAUUUAUAAAAGUAGGGGCACCGUAGCUAGACUUCAGCAUUGUUGCGUGAGUUUAAUUAUAAAGUUACACUUUGAGUGAAAUGAAUAUUCCAUUUUCAGACUUCAUGGAUAUGGGUUCAUUAUGUUUCACACAGCAAUUUCAAGUGGUCUUAGUGUGUUUUUUUUCACGAAGUGUUUAGAAUGGGUUUUAUACCGCAAAAACGGUGGUGUUAAAAUCAACACUUUUGGUGUUAUUAUCAGAUGACCACACCACAGGGCGUUACUUUAACACCGCCGGUGUUACUUUGCCCACGUGUUACAAUUCACUGGAGGGUGUUAAAAGAACACGUAACACCAAAUAACACCAACAUUUUUAACACCCCCGAAAAGUGUUGAUGUAGUCCUCUGAUAACCCCUUGGGGUGUUUAAUUUAACACCUCAGUUUUUGCAUUGUAUCAGUAUGUUCUUGAACCUCAAUUUGGUACCUCAUGCCAAGUGUUUAUUAGACAGGUUUUUGUAGGACCAUUAAACUGGAAUGUUUCGCUUUUUUGAAAGGCGUCCCACGAAUACACCUCCUGGUGAAACGGCAGCCUUGAAUGUUAAGUUGAUCAAUAAAUAGGCAAGGUGUGACACUGUCAUACUGUGAAAAGCGGAAAUAUCCUAUCCUGCUUGAAGCAUCCUGCCAGAAAGCAAUUUUUUGGAGAGAAGGUUUUGCCUUAGUUAUAUAACUAGUCACAGAAGAUAUGCCAAACCGGGGAGGAAUUUUUAAGGGCUUUUUGGAGACCGAUGAAUUCGGGUAUUUUCAAUAACCACACCAAUGUCGCCAGGCUUACGAAGGCUUUUCAGGCCUGCCGUUGCCAUGAGAGAGUCUGAUGAUGUACAUGGAAUAAAAGGAAUUCAUCGCGCUCACGAGAAGAAUUAGAGUCUGGAAGAAGAACUUGUCAAUUUGAAAGGAUGGUUUGUCAGUUUUACUGCAUUUAAUGUUUUGCCUAAUGAACUUUUUUUUCAACGUGAUGGUUUAAUUCUACAAAUUUUGUUAUCGAGACAAGUUCUUGUUUUCUGUUGGUCGGUGGCAUUCGAAUAGCGAAAUUUAGGCCUAUAUACAUCUGCAACCGUCUACGGGAAACAGCGGGAAUUGAAAUCCUGAGUGAGACCAUGUUUAAAAAGCUUUUUAACAGCAAAUAAUACAAAGAGCCUCGGGCCGGUUUGUCUCAUAUGGAUCUGGAUAGCGACCACCGAUCCCAUCGCUGGUUCGCGCUGUCCAUAGGCAGGUUCUGGUGUAAGUGAACGAAGGUCAGAUCAUAAGGCGAUCCUCAUCUGCGUGAAACGAAGGGGUCAGUAUGUUUCACGCGGAUCCAGAUCGCGAUCAGUGAUCCGUCGUUUGUUCACUGACACCAGAACCCGCCUAAUGGAUAGCGCGAACCAGCGAUGGGAUCACUUUGAUCGAGCGAGAUCCAGAUCUGUCAGAAACAAACAGGCUCGAAGCCCAGUAGCUUUAUGUAGUAAACAACUUGUAUAGCAUGCGCAGAAGGCAUUUCAAAACAACUGUGAGCGAGCGUCAAUAGGCCUAUAGCGUAAAUGAAGCGCAAGAGCAGAAAAACAUGUGGGCCAGCAUCCUUAAGCAACUGUGCCGUUCGUUUAGCGCAAAAUUUUCUGCUGUGGUUGCACAAGAAUGAUAGGAGACUCUCUCCCUGUGGGCACGGAGGACCAUAGCUAAGCCACUAGGAAAAUAGGACCAGCCGUGUUCGAACCACUCAGGAGUAGGAAUUUGGCCGUUGCCUCAACAUCUGCCGAGAGAAAAGAAUUUAAAAUGCACACGGUUAUAAUGUAAGAGACUGUGGCAAUACGCAAAAGGUAAAUUUUACAGUACAUACGCCAAUCUUGGAAUUUUCAUCAAUGUGAAUGGUUAUAAACUGGCUCCAUGGAGUUUUUUGCGUCAAAAUGUCCGUGUUUUGAAUAGAAAUAGCGAUUUUGUCAAAAUAAGAACAAUCUCGGAGAAGGCUAACAUAAUUUUGAAACAUGUCGCGAGUGUUUUCAAAAUAGAAAGAAAAGGAAGUUUGAGAAUGGGGCAAAAUCAUCUUAAUUAUUCAAGAUGUGCUUUUUAGCAUUACAAUGGUUGUGGUGCCAAAAUUGAAAAUGGGGUAUAGCUUUUUCAAAUAAAGAAGAGAUUGUGAUAUGUGUUAUAAUAUGAGUUUGAAAGUUUGGGCUAAACUCAAGGUGGCAGGAGGUUGUGAGACUUGGGUCGAUAUCAAAUCUUACAGUGCUGACUAUAUCGAGUGGAAAUUUUUGGGACCUGUCAUGGACAACGGGCACAUUGAUCGAAGGACGCAUGUCUUGGUGGUGCGCACAACUGUGUGCGAUGUGAACAGUGAAAGGGUUUUACGAGGGUAAACAUUAUUUUAAAACCCAGUUUAUAACAAACAGAAUAACGUAGCGAGUACGGGGCAAGCCACGGGCCUGCCGUGAGGCCCUUGGAGCCCCCUGAGGACCUUGGAGGGCCCACGGCUGCGUGGUGAAGGUGGAUGGAGGCCAGCUGACAGCUUAAAACAAAGUUUGCCUGACAGGACCCCAAUUGUGUAAAGGUGAGAUAGGACAUAAAGACCUCUUGAAACAGAAAACA